AAGAGGAUGACCGGUAAGAGUCAGACCAGCAACGUGACCAACAAGAAUGACCCACGCUCCCUCAAUUCCAGAGUCUUUAUCGGCAACCUCAACACUGCCAUCGUCAAGAAGAGCGACAUCGAGGUCAUUUUUGCCAAAUAUGGUAAAAUUGUGGGUUGUUCGGUGCACAAGGGCUACGCUUUCGUCCAGUACAUGAGUGAGAGGAACGCGCGUGCCGCCGUGGCGGGGGAAAAUGCAAGGAUCAUCGCUGGCCAGCCCCUCGAUAUAAAUAUGGCAGGGGAGCCAAAACCAUACAGGCCCAAAGCGGGAUCCAAAAGACCCCUCUCUGCUGUGUACAGCGGUUAUGAAUUUGACUACGACUACUACAGGGAUGACUUCUACAAUCGGCUGUUUGACUAUCAUGGACGGGUGGCCCCCCCACCAAGGGCAGUGAUCCCACUGAAACGCUCCCGGGUGGUGGUUCCGUCCACGCGUCGUGGGAAGACCUCUUUCCCCAUCAAGACCUCUUCAUCUUCGUCAAGACCUCCCUCUUCCUCUUCCUCCUUUUCAUCUGGACCGAAAUUAAAGACGGAUCAGCUCCAAACGAUCAAGCGUGAGCUGACUCAGAUCAAAAUGAAGAUCGACUCACUGCUGGGCCGACUGGAGAAAAUCGAGAAACAACAGAGAGCCGAGUCCGAGGCGCAGAGGAAGUAUGAAGACAACUGUGACUCUCUACAUGAGGAGUCCAUAUCAGAGACAGCAGAAAACUCUGCCGAAGAAACGGGCGAAGGGAUGCUUGACGCCGAGGCUGGGGAGAUGACAGACGGGGGCGAGGAUGACUACGACGAAGAGGGCAGCACUGAUCUGAUAGAGAACCAUGUAUCUGACAUUGACAACUAA